GGUCCCCACCUCUCUUUCUGUGUCUCUCCCGCAUGCACGGACGCACUCGCACGCGCACAAAGCCGGUGUCAGUGUGUCGGCCGGCUGCAUAGCGCGCGCUGCCUGUGGAUGCCAAACGGAGUCAAACGGGAUCAGUAAAUCUUGUUUGGCUGUAAAUUUGGACGUUUUCGAACGGAGGUUUGGCGCAGGAGAGUCCUCGCCCCUGGAGCCGUUCACCCCGCUCUCUGACCUUCAACGACCGUCCGAUGACCCCAGAGCGAUGACCCGCCUUCAUCAUCGCCACCACACCCGUCGCCAUGGUCACCCAUCACCUCGGUGACCGUCGACCUGACCGCCGCCAAAACCCCCGCGUCCCCUCGCUGCUCCCGUCCAAUCGGCCGCGAGGAUGCACGUGAUGGGCAGCGUCUCCCCGGCCAAUGAGAGGGAGGGUUUCUUCCUGCAGGACGGAGCCGCGCCGGCGUCUCCUCCUUGUCCUCCGUCAGGAUUUUCUGAUGUCGAGGGAAACCGGACGCCACCGCCACCAGCCCCCCCUCCCCCUCCUCCUCCACCCCCCCCUCCUCCACCUCCCCCUCCUCCACCUCCAUUGCCGCCCCUCCUUCCAGGGCUAGGAAACCCUGCAGGAGGCCUGAAGAAGAAGAGGAGGGUGAGGAGUUUCUUUUGGAAAACAAUCCCAGAGCAUCAGGUGAAGGGGCGGGCCAACCUGUGGACUCAGGGCCGAGUGCAGCAGCAGUACCAGAUCGACGUCCGCACCAUCGAGGAACUGUUCGGUCAGAACGACCGCCAAUCAAACGGCACGGCCACGCCCACCAGGGGAGGGAAGACCAGGAGCUCGUUCAGAGAGGCCAAAGAGGAGGUCUCUCUUCUGGACUCUAAGCGAGGGAUGAACAUCGGGAUCUUCCUCAAACAGUUCAAGAGGACCAAUCAGGCGAUAGUAGAGGAUAUUCACCAUGGCAACAGCGAGCCUUACGGGGCGGAGCCUCUGAGCGAGCUGCUGAAGAUGCUGCCGGAGACGGAGGAGGUGAAGAAGCUCAAGUGUUACCGCGGCGACGUCUCUAAGCUCUCAUUGGCCGAUUCCUUCGUGUACCUGCUGAUUCAGCUCCCCAGUUACUCGGUGCGUAUCGAGUCCAUGCUGCUGAAAGAGGAGUUUCCUGGAGCGUGUGAAGUCAUGAAGCGAGACAUUCGGAUCCUUCGCUCGGCCACCAAAGAGUUAAUGUGUUGUGAGGAGCUGCAUGCUGUUCUCCACCUGGUGCUGCAGGCCGGAAACAUCCUCAACGCUGGGGGCUACGCAGGAAACGCAGUGGGCUUCAAGCUGUCGUCCCUUCUGUCUCUGGCCGACACGAAGGCCAACACGCCGGGCAUGAACCUGCUGCACUUCGUCGCUCUGGAGGCUCAGAAAAAAGACCGGAAGCUGCUGGAGUUUCCUCUGAAGCUGAAUCACGUGCAGCCUGCAGCCAGGAUCUCCUUGGAAACGCUGGACGCUGAGCUGCAGUGGCAGACGACUCGCACGCGCUCAGUCGAGGAAAACGUGCAGCGAGAGACGGAGCUGCUGCAGCAGCUGGACGGCUUCCUGCAGACGGCCACCUCGUCUCUGUGCUCGCUGCGCGGCAGUCGGCAGCAGCUGAAGGAGGAAGGCAGCGAGCUGAUCGACUUCUUCUGUGAAGACAGAGAAACGUUCAGACUGGACGACUGCUUCAGCAUCUUCAACUCCUUCUGCUGCAGGUUCACACACGCUGCCAAGGAGAACAAGGAGCGGGAGGCGAAGGAGGCCGCCCGGCGCCAGCGCCUGCAGGAGCUGGAGGAGCAGAAGAGGCACUCGUGGGCCGGCGGGGAGGAGGUCGGUGGAGCAUUCGGGCUGCGCUGCAGCAGCGAGACAGACAUGUCCGCUGUCGUGUCACGCCACGACGACGCCGGGCUGCUGAUGGAGCUCCUGACCCCAAAGUGCCGUCCGCGCUCGCCCCUCAAAAACUCCCACAAUUCUCUGGGACGCUCGGGGAGCUUACGACGUUCCCGAAACUCUCCGUCCAGCUCGCCAUUUCUCACGGCUGACCGCGAACUGAGCACGCUACUGGGGGUGGCGUCGCCUGAGCACAAAGAGGCACGGACAGCUUCUUUAUCAGCCUCCACUGAACUUAGAAGUCCAGGACUCUCCCCUCAGACUCGUCCGCCAAGUCUCACAACGAGCAGCUUCCCCCAAAACCAGCAGCCUCAAGCGGGCGAACCGCAACCCGCCUCCUCGCCUCCCAAAAGUGCACAAAACGCAAACCACACAACCGCCACUUACCUCAGUUGUGGUGCUUCUCAGACUGCAGUAAACACGCCCACGAGUAAAACUACCUCUGAUCCGAACCAGCAAUCCGACAACAACGACGGCAAAGUCCGACUCGACCUCGGGACGCUUCUGGACCUUCAAUGUGGUUUGAAGGAGGAACUCAUAAAAGCCAAUCAGGAUUUCCGUGUUCUGAUCGCGUGCAGUGAGCAGAAGUUUGAACGCAGCGCUCCUUCUACAGGAAACAUGUCCGUGGUUUUGGAGAAAUGCACGUUGGUGCCGGAGCUGAAAGCGUUUGACAGCAACAACACGAGUCGCCUCCAGGACGAUGUGAUGAGCACCGCUUUGGAAGAAGAGCGAUCGGACAGGGAGAACUCCCGGACUGGAAACACAGAAAAUUCCUCAUCACUAAGAGAGGAAGAGGAGGGCCGCGAGGAAGAGGUGGUGGUGUGGUGUGUGACGGGUGUGUGCGAGGCAGCCGGUGAGCCCUCGCAAGCUGACAACGCACAAACGGAUCAGCGUAGGAGUGACGGCCAGAAACCUGGUUCUGCCCCGGCCAAUCGCACGCCUUCAGAAGCUCAGGCGGCCAAUGAGAAGCCAGUGCCUGUACCCAUCAGCAGCCAACCGGUGCCUGGAUCACAUCCUGCCUCUUCCCCAAGGUGGCGUCCAGCAGAUGCUUCGUCAGCCAAUAAAGUGCCUGCUCUCGCCGCCUCUGAGGAAGCAGCCAAUCAAGGGGAAGAAGCAAAGGGCUCCUCCAAUGGGAAGAAAGCCGAGUCUGGAAAGGCAGAAUCGGCCAAUUCGUCCACCAAGAACCUCCCGACCUUUAAAACUCAAUCCAAUAGGAUGAAACCUGCCGCUACCGCCAACAAAUGCAAGCCCGUGCGCACCCUCACGACCUCCGAGAGCCAGGGCAUGAGGCGCGUUGUGCCGAUCGCCAGGACCAAACGUCCCGAGAAGCCCUCAGCAUCUUCUGGUUUGACCGUCUCCAACCUCAACAACACCUCCCUACGGCGGGGAGAGAGACCUUCGACGGCGCCUUCAUCCCGCCGCCCCAGCAUGGACCACAAGGACUCGAAAGAUCAGAAAGGUUCCCGAGAGCAGAACCAGGACUUGCAAAGGAAGCCGUCCGUCCGAAAGCCUUUAAUGAAACCCAAAGCGCCGCCGGAGGAGAAGAUGUGUCGCUCCACGCUGCGGGCGCUCUCUCAAGGAAGUGGCAGCGUCAGCGCUCCUGUUACUCCUUUGCACAAAGUCGCUACCACUUCGUCAUCGCCGCUUCAAGGUUUCGCCCAAAGCACCGCCUCUUCUUCUUUCCGACGGACCCCCCUCGUGCCUCCUCAUUCCCCCCACACAGUCUCAGACUCCUCUCUUAAAUCGUCCUCGCCUUUCUCCCGAACGGGCUCGCUAAGAGUCUCCGCCACCUCCGGAUCCUCAGAUCCCUUCAAACCGUCCUCCUCGUCCACGCUGAGGAGGACUCAGAGCAUCAGGGCGCCUCAACGCUCGCCACUCCACGACCCGCCGGCUCCCCCUAAAGGCCACCGGCGGAACGACAGCGGCGCCUUCUCCGACAAGUCAACUCACUCCAGAGACUCGGGAAAGUCCAGCAGGCCGAGCUGGAGAUAGCGAGAGAUCGGCAGUAACCACGUUUACAUGCACACUAAUGUUUUUCAGAAUAAGACGAUAUUCGGAAUUUGAUACGGGUCACACAAACAGCAUAUUCCAAAUAAGGAAAGUUAGAAGUUAGAAACUUGUGUUUAGAUGUUUUCUUUACACUCGUCUGACGAAGACGAGUUCUAGAAGAUAAAUAACCCGAAGUCGUGAAAAAUCAGGGCAGAAAACUGAACAUUUUGUGCGUGUAAACGUCGUCACUCCUCAAGAGGAAACAUUUCAAGAUGACGUUUAGACUCCAAAAGAUAAAGAUCGCAGGUUUCUCUGUAGAAAUAAAGGCGGUUACGUUCCGAUAUGAAGCACAGACACUAACGCUGCGUUAAUUGUCCUUUUUCGCGACAAUUAUUUUGCGUUUUCAAGAAAAUAAAACAUGGACAAUAACCAGCCACAUUAGUACGUCUCAAGGAAGAUGAAGGAAAUAAAUGUCUGCAUCCACAAAUAUGUAAUAUGUACGUUACUGAAUCCUCGUUGAACAAAGUCUAAUUUUUUGUCUUAAAUUUUGAUUCUGCACCUUUAACUUUACUAACAAAGCUGAGGCCUGAUUAAAAUAGAACUCAUAUUGUAUUUUUAAUUAAAUUAGAUUUCUAAAUCACUGAGAAUCAUGAAGUUUAAAGUGUAGACGGCGAGAUAUUUAAAGUGUCUACAGUGUCUGACUCACUGGGAAAAGUCUGCAGUGCCAAGUUUGUCCAUAUGAGGAUAUGUGUAUGUUUAUGUAUCUAUUUAUGUAUGAAGUUAAUACAUUUAUAAAUAUAAAUAUAUAUAUAUAUAUGUUUAUAUAUAUAUUUAUAUAAUCUAUCUACUAAUUAAUAAAGUAUUAUUCCUCCAA